AUGGCCCAGGACUUCCAAUUCGUAGACAGCACCAGCGUUGAUAAGACCACCCGCAAGCUUAUCCGCAGCCAUGUAAUGAAGGGCAAGAAUGCUGGUCGAGUCCUCCCUCGCCGUUCCAAAUUACGGUCCGACCGAUAUCAAGAACGCGUCCUCGGAGACGAGCGCGCCUUGACCCAGCGACAGCCGCCCCGCACGACGCGCAUCCCUAGAAAUCUGGGCAGCGUGCUCCUCACAAUCUCACUCCCGGAGCUCUCGCAGCACUCGCUAGAUAUCGCUGACCGUUACUUUGGCUAUGUCGCAGAGAAGAUGUACCCUACUAGACUUGGCCUCCCGAUUAACGAGGCCAAGGCAAUAUAUCUCAAGGUCAUGUUUUUCGACCCAGAGACUUCUCAAUGCAGUGUUUCUCUGAUGCAGGCAUUCAAUGAAUUCUUCCUCACCCACGGAAGAGACUCCCCAACGGCGCUGCAUUACCUGGGAAAGACUUUUGGAAUAGUACAACAGCGACUUGAAAGCCCGAAAGCGUUGGAAGAUUCAACAAUCGGCAUGAUCAUCUCGCUCAUCACACAGGAAUAUAUCCGGCAACAGACCCAGACAGCCAAAUUGCACCUGGAAGGCCUAAAAAGGAUUGUUAAUCUACGUGGUGGUUUAAAACAAUUCGAAAGCAAUCCUGGAGUUUUGUACAAGAUCUGCAAGACUGAAAUUACCUUUUGCCUGGAGUCUGGACAGCCACAGAUCUUUUACCGAAACAGUAUGCCCCAGAUCCACAAGGCAUUGGAAGCAAACGGAUUUGAGCUGGACCGGCAAAAGGUCAUUUCCACGCUCUUGCAUAAAAAUAUUGAUCCAAGCCUUGAGGAUCUCCUGGUGGAUGUUUGCGCUGUUGCCAGAUUGUUCAACGAAAACAAAGGCAAGCAGAUAUUCGAUCUUGUCAGCUUCCAAGAAAUGAGUAUCACCAUAUUCUCCCGUCUUUUACGCUUUCAUCAUCUCAAUGCCCCCAAGAGAGAGUCCAAUAUUGAGGCAGCAUAUCACAUUGGGAUGACACUAUUUAUGAUGAUAAUCUCUCUACAGCACGACAACCGUCGGAUCUUAGAUUUUCCCUUGGUAACAUCCACUCUGCGGAACAUUCUCGCAGAGGGACUGGGAGACGAUGAAAGUGAGCUCACCCUCUGGCUUUCUUUACUCGGCGCCAUCUGGUGCAUAGACGACCCGGAUCCGUCCUUCUUCCAUACCAGAAUCCGAACGAUGACGGGUCGUUUGGGAUUGAGGACUUGGGAGGAGACAGAAAAUCGGGUGCGAAGGUUCCCCUGGAUCAAUUUUCUCCACGGCGAAAUGGGACAGCAAGUGUGGGGAGACGCAUCGUGGAGCCCAGGGGGGUCGUGGUCGCCCGCCGUCUUUGAAUGA